CCGUAACUGAUACGCGUCACCUCUUUACCCGUGGGCCGCUGCGAGUGUUAGGGCUCCGGAUGAGGUCGGGUGGGAGGCCGAAGUUUAAAUGAUUUAGAGGGCGUUCGGUGAGAGGGUGUGAUGUGUCGCAGGGGACAAUACCGCUUUAGCUCGUUGAAGUGGGUAUUGGCCACACCAUCGCGUCCCUGCCGCAUCUACCGAGUUCCCUAACUUAUGCGUCACCUCCUUACCCACGCGCCGCCUCCGGACCCUCCUCCCACGUCCACCAGCGCCGGUGGAGGUGGACCGGUGGAGGAAGAAGAAGUGACCACGAAGAAGCGGUGUCAGUACUGGCUCCCCAACAAGCGCCGCCUCUGCGCCAACACACCCCUCCCUUUCUCCAGGUUCUGUGGAAAUCAUGAGACAACCGCCGAAGCUCGACGGAUCCCCUGUCCGAUCGACCCAUCCCAUUCCGUUUCGGGGGAGAAUCUGAAAUCCCACGUCAAACGAUGCCCUUUCAAGAAACAAGCCCAAGUCCUGGAGAGCCAACCAUACUACUCUAAGGGAAUCAAUAGCGGUAGCAGCGGUGACGGGAAAGCCGAUGCUGUGGGUUCCGCUGCAAAGAGGAAUGCUAUUUUUAGGAUGUCGGUGCAGGACUUUCAUGGUCUCCUUGGGAAGAUCAAGUUGAUCCAUUCAUCUAUUUCUAUGGUCUUGCCACAUUCGUAUCUUGUCCCUGAUGCUUGCAGUAAAUGGUUGAAUCAGCGGCUGGACAGGAAAUUGCCUUAUCAGGAGAAGCAUGCCAUGCAGCAAGCAUCAAUUAUUGGGAACAUAGAGGCAUUCGGAAUGCUUCAAAAGCCAAAGGAUUUGACAAAUCCAUUUUGUCAAGAAUGUGAUGGAAGUGAUGAUGUUGAUGGGGACGAAAAUCGAGUCUCAGCAGUGGUGGAGUUUGGAGCCGGCAGAGGGUAUUUGACUCACAUGCUCACAGAUUGUUAUGGGAUCAAGAAAGCUUUUCUGGUUGAGCGAAAGUCUUACAAGCUUAAGGCUGACCGAAGUCUGCGACAAAACCAAAGCAUAAGUUUAGAGCGUUUGAGAAUUGACAUAGCAGAUUUGAAUUUGGAUGAAGUACAUUUCUUGAAGGGUCUCGGACACCUAGCCAUUGGAAAACAUCUCUGUGGACCUGCAACAGAUCUGACAAUAAGGUGCUGUCUCAAUCGAGAAUAUAACCAAAGUAAGGAAACACAUUCAACUAGUUCUCAUCUGAAAGGCAUUGCUCUCGCAACAUGUUGUCACCAUCUUUGCCAAUGGAAACAUUAUACAAACACAAAGUUUCUUCGUUCUCUGGGAAUCACAGUGGAAGAAUUCCAUGCUAUGACGUGGUUUACUAGCUGGGCCGUAGAUGCAGAUCAUAGUUCAGAGCUUUCUGAUGUGUCACCUCAAGAAACCAAUCUUAGCACCAUAUGUAGUGAGGAUAAGCAAUCCAACUUGGAGGAUAGUGAUGUUGAACAAAUCAUACGAGGUAUGCCAGUGCUCGAUAGGGCUCAUUUGGGGUUUAUAUGCAAAGAGAUCAUCGACAUUGGGAGGUUAUUGAGUCUGAGAGAUCAAGGAAUGGACGCACAACUUGUGAAGUAUGUCCCAUCAAAUAUUUCACCGGAAAAUCAUUUGCUGCUUGCUAAAUCUAGGUUUGAGUUUCCAACAGUCAUAAUGGAGAGCUCUCUGGCGGCUUUAAACCUGAAAUCUUCCUAAUGACUUAGGUCAUAUUUUACAUGUCAGUAGCUUAUUUCCUUCGGGAAUCUUCUGGAUUGGUCUCCUAGCUGGUACACAUUGCUGCUAAUAUUCUGUUUCUAAGGUCA